AUGUCAGAUCUUUUAGAGGGCGUUGCCCUAGUAUCUGGAGCAGGCUCCGGUAUCGGAAGAGCAACAAGCCUCGCGUUUGUCCGUCAUGGUAUCAAGCAACUUGCACUCCUGGACAUCGACACUGCCGGAAUGGCAGCAACCAGAAAGCUGAUUUUCGAACUAAACGACAAUGUAGAAGUGCUUGAAAUACAGGCUGACCUCUCCAACGAGAAGGCGAUCGUGGACGCCGUCCAAAAAGUCACCAAAACAUUUGGGCAGAUCAACAUCGCCGUGAACAACGUCGGGAUCGGCGGACCAAUUUGUGCCACAUCUGAGAUGGGCGUGGAGGACUAUCGCAAAGUUGUCGAUCUUGAUCUUAUUGGUCUCUGGAUAGCACAGAGAGAGGAGAUUAGGCAAAUGUUGCGACAGGAGCCACGAGGGCAAAGCCCUGAAACCCGAAGCCGAGGUGUGAUUGUCAAUUUAUCCUCCACUUAUGGACAUGUUGCCCCGUCUGGGACAACACCGGCUCCGCCUUAUAUCGCCUGUAAGCAUGGAGUGUUGGGUAUGACGAAAAUGGACGCAAACUCCUAUGCGAAAGAUGGUAUACGCAUCAAUGCCAUUUGCCCAGGAUUUGUAAACACUCCGGCCUUCAAGGCUGCCGUUCAACAAGGCGUCAUGCAGGAUGAGUUGAAGAAGGUUCCAAUGGGGCGAUUUGCGGAGCCAUCAGAGAUAGCUGAGGCUAUUUCAUUCCUAGUGUCCCCGAUGAGUAGCUAUAUGUCUGGAGCCAAUUUGGUUGUGGAUGGGUAG